AUGGUUUUCAGCCUGCUGCGCCGAUCGAAAAAGGGCGCCAUAGGCGCGCCUUCCGCCGACAGCAAGAGUGCCGUUCAACAGGCGCUGAAGUUAGGCAACGAUGCCAUACGCGACAUGAACACUCGUAUGAGCCAGUUAGACGCGAGAAUUAAGGAAUGCGUGGAGGAAGCUAAGCGUAAACACGCCAACAACGAUAAGCAGGGCGCCUUGGGUGCUCUGCGCCGUAAGAAGCUCUAUGAGGAUGAGGUGGCCCGGAUAUCCGCUUCCAUAAUGACCCUGGAGUCACAGAACAUAACGCUUGAGGGCGCACAAAUGCAGCAACUCGCUCUAAGCGCUCUUUCCACCGGAGUGACGGCGCACAAAAAGUUGCAGCAGCAUAUGGCCACCAGGGAAGUGGACGAACUGAUGGAACAGUUGGAGGAACAGCGGGACGCUCAGGCGGAGAUCCACGACGCAAUGACCCAGGGCCUUUCGCUUCCGACGGAGGUGAGUUGUGCGACCUUGUACGUGACGACGGCGCAGUUCGAGGACGAGCUGGAGGCGCUCAUUCAGGAAGAAAAGAUGAAAGAGGCCGCCAUGGAACAACAGCUCGAAGAAAUCGCAGCCGAGCCCGUCGAGAAGCCAACCGUACAACCAGAGCAACCUGCCGCCACUGUCCCCCUUCCUCAGAUCACAGAGCGCGCAGUAACAGAGGAACCCAUCGCACUGUGA